AAUCACAUGAUCAUAAGCGUAAGAAGGAUUGACGUAUUCUCAGCAGUCAUCAGGGACCUUCUGCACUCUGCUGUUUGGUUAGAUGUAAGAAAACUAGCAUUCAGAGUUCCUGAAAAAAUACAACUUUUGAGAAUUAUGUCUUCCUCUUUCGCAAAGAAAAUAUCUUUAAAACAGUGCUUAUUUACAGAUGCUACUGUACCUGGGAUUGUCAGCAUUUUAGAAGGCAUGCCAAAAUUAAUGGAGGUGGAGAUGAAAGACUGUACACUCUUGGGCACUGGACGGUGGUAUGCACAAAUUCAUGCAAACCAGUCACAAUCUCUGAGGGUUCUGACAAUUGAAAAUUUAUCUAUAGAAGAAUUUUAUUUGUUUACAGAUCUUCAGUCUGUACUAGAUCUACUAUCUCUUUUUAGGAAAGUCACAGUUGAAAAUACCAAGGUGUUUCUGGUACCAUGCAAACUUUCACAACAACUACUGUCAUUAGAGUAUCUUGACCUUAGUGCAAAUUUACUUGGAGAUCAGAGUUUGGAGCAUUCAGCCUGCCAGGGUGCUUGGCCAGCAUUACAAACUCUAAAUCUAAGUCAGAAUUCAUUGAGUGACUUAAAAAUGACAGGUAAAAGCUUGUUUCAUCUAAGAAACCUAAAUCUCUUAGACAUCAGUGAAAACAAUUUUGGUGAGAUGCCAGAUGUGUGUGAAUGGCCUGAAAACCUGAAAUACCUGAAUCUCUCCGGCACUCAGAUCCCCAAAUUAACACCUUGCAUUCCCUCAAGUCUUGAAGUGCUGGACGUUAGUGCUAACAACCUGCAGGAUUUUGGUCUGCAACUGCCAUAUCUC